AGUAUCUGCAGCACAGUUGUCGCAGUAAGUUCGAGUGCUUGAAGUGAGUGCUGUUUCGAAAAUGCUUAUCGAGUGCCAAGGGAAAUAUGCUCGCAUGGCAGUUGCGGUGCUGUCGACGAUCGUCUCAAUAGGUGUCAUUGCAGUCAUCGAGGUUUCGCACCACCAGCAGAAAAAGGAUCUGCAAAUAAUGAAUCAUAUUUGCCUGCUGCAGAUUAUUUGUAGUGUGCUACUUUUUGUCGGCUCCCUUAAGUACAAUAAGUGGUUUUUCUUGCCUUGGCUGGCGAUCGCUAUUGUUUUCGCCUAUGCGUUGGUCUAUCGAAGCAUAGCAAUUUGGAUCAACAUUCUAAACGAUUUGAAGCAAAGCCUGAUAAUUAUUUCCUUGCUGUACACAAUUGCAGGUUUCUGGUGCUAUUUUAUUUAUGCUAUUAUUGUGGAUUUUCACCAGCAGUAUGUUUAUAAUCAAAUACAUGGAAUUCGUGAUCCCAAGAGCAAGAAUUAUAAUGUGACGACGUUGUUGUAGCAUCGACAACAUCGGCAGGCUUAUUGAAACUUCUAAACUAUCUUAAAGCUAUCUACAAUUAUUUUUAUCUUACAUAGGAUAUUACCCAAGUGCCGCCGUCGUGUCUGUUCACGUCUUGGUUAUCUUAUCAUUCUAAGAUUGAACAAUAUGCAACGCAAAAAUCGUGAGCUGAUUUAUAAAUUUGCUAUUUAUCGGCAAGUUGAUUCAGGGCGGUGCGAAUAUUAAAAUGGAAAGGGAGAGGUAUAUGUAAUAUAUAUAUAUAAAUAUAUAUAUAACUUUGACGCCUGGGAUUCAAAGCCAAAGAGAAUCACUGUGAAAUGCAAUCGAGCUGGAAAAGAACACGCAAGCCUUGUCGACGCUUGUGCAAAUUAGUGUGAACAUUGUGGUUGACUCACUCUCCCUCUCUCUCUCACCGCCGUCUCUCCGUUUAUCUCUCUCUCUCUCAGUCUCUCUCUAUGUGGAAUUCGACGCGUAGCCAAACCUAAAAUAAGCGUUAAAAAGUGUGCUAAACAAGUCAGAAUGCUGCGUCAGAUGACGGUAACCGACUGUUCAACACUCUGAUUAAUUUCUAAGACGAGCCAGGCCAAAAGGAGCCUUACUGAUUAUGAGUUAAGUGAUCUUUGAAUGCAAAAUAAAUGUGAAGAUAAUGUAUCUUUGAAGUAAGUGCUACUUUUAAAGCUUAGUGAGAAAUGUAUUGGUAUAUAGUGUAAUAAUCUCGAAUAAACUAUUCCUAUUCCUGACCUUGGUAAAUAAA